UUGUGUGCUCUCUCUCCAUGGUUUCCUACGGCACUGCAUCUUUCCUUACACAAGCUGAUGCGUUGUUGAGGAAGAACCUGAUCUACCAGAGAAGAAACAUCAAGCAGAACAUCAUUUUGACCAUCUACCCGGUAUUCCUCUGCUUGUUAAUCAUCUCCAUCCAAUCAGUUGUGAACAAUGAACUGGACAAGCCCAGAUACCAUUGUGGCUGCAAAUGUAUCGAUGCAAAUGGAUCGGGGACAUGUCGCGAUGUAUGUGGAGUGCAGUUCUCAACUUCCAUUCAGGCAAUUGCUUGCCCAGUACCAAGACCCCAGGAGUGGCCUGCUCUAGUGCAGGUGCCCAGUGCUAAAUAUAGAGCAGUAAGGGCAGCCUCCCACAACUUUCGGGGCUUACCUGAUGGCUCCUGCUUCAAGGAUCUCUCUUGCGCAGCAACAUCACUCUUCACUGGACAAAAUGAAUCCAUUGCAAAAAGUCUAGUGAAGAGGAUACUCUUAAAUUCAAUUCCAGAGAACAAGGAAGAUAUUUCAAGCUUUGUUUCUGUAGCUUAUCUUGGAACAAACAGCAUUCCUGGUCCAGACAACUAUGUAGAGCGCGGUCUACUCUCUCAAUCCCCUGUGCACCUUAUUUUACCUCUCUGCUCAGUAAAGUUUAACCUAACAGUUCCAGUAACUAUAGGUGAUGUUCAAAAUAAAAAAGAGGUCAACUGCAUAAAAAACCUAUAUCUUUGGCGUGAAAAUUCAUCCAUCAUCAACGAAGAAUUAUUUCAAGGUUAUCGGAAAGGAAAUCCUGCUCAUAAGAUCAGCGAAUAUGUUGGAGCUUAUGAUUUCCUGAAUACAAGCAAAAUUAAUUUCAAUGUAAAUUUGUGGUACAACUCCACCUAUAGCAAUCGGGGCAAACCACGGCUAUUGCGGGUACCAAGAACCUUGAAUAUGGUCUCAAAUGCAUUUCUUCGCCAAUUUAAGUCUUCGAAGAGUAGAAUCCUUCUUAGUUAUGUCAAAGAAAUGCCCAAGGCAGGGACAAGGAUUGCUCUGGACUUGUCAGAAUUACUUGGUCCACUUCUUUAUUCAUGGGUGGUCCAGUUGCUAUUACCUGUCUUCUUGAUUUCUCUAGUACAUGACAAACAGCACAUGAUACGAAUUAUGAUGAAGGUACAUGGGCUUGGAGAUGGACCAUAUUGGGUGAUCACUUACUGCCACUUUUUGUCCAUAUCAUUUCUUUAUAUGCUGUGGUUGGCUACUUUUGGAUCUAUCAUAGGACUAGAUAUUUUCAGACUGAAUAACUACUGUAUCCAAUUCUUAUUCUAUGGACUCUACAUAAACCUACAGAUUGUACUAGCCUUCUUGGCAGGGAUUGGAUUUUCUGAUGUCCACAGUGCUGCAGUUGUAGGCUACAUUUAUGUGUUUGGUUCUGGACUUCUGGGUUCCUUCCUUUUCCAAUUUUAUAUUGAGCAUCUAGACUUCUCAAGAAAGACGCUAUUCAUCAUGGAGCUAAUUCCUGGUUUCUCAUUGUACCGAGGACUAUAUGAGCUCUCACAAUUUGCAUUAGGAGGUCAUUACCAAGGAACUUAUGGUAUGCAGUGGAAGGAUUUGAGCGAACAUGACAAUGGCAUAAAAGAAGUUUUAGUCAUCAUGGCAUUAGAAUGGCUGAUUCUACUUUAUGUAUCAUAUUACCUUGAUCAACUGGCACUUGCAAGGAAUGGAGCAUGCAGAUAUUCAUCAAUUUUCACAAGAAACUUCAAAAACAGGAGCAUUCAACCCACGGUGCCAAUCAAAAUUCCCAGUUCAACUAUAACUGUGGAUCAAGAGAACUCUGAUAUUUUUGAAGAGGUCUGCAAAGUUGAGAAUUUGUUGAAAAAAUCUACCGGAGGUCAUCCUAUUAUUUUAAGUAAUUUGGAAAAGGUUUAUACGGGAAAGGAUGGAAACCCAAACAAGCAGGCAGUUCACAGCCUAUCCCUAGCAGUUGCAAAAGGAGAAUGCCUUGGCAUGCUUGGUCCAAAUGGAUCAGGGAAGACUACCGUUAUCAACAUGGUGACUGGACUGCUUCUUCCAACAUCAGGAAGAGUAUUUCUUAGCAACAAAGAAAUAAGUUCAAGUAUGGACAACAUUCAUACAAAGAUCGGCAUCUGCCCACAAAAGGACUUGCUCUGGGAUAGUUUGAGUGGGAGGGAACACUUGAUGUUCUAUGGCAGGUUAAGAAAUCUAAAGGGUCUGGAACUACAACAAGCAGUUGAUAAUUCACUCAGAAGCUUGGAUCUUUAUGAAGGCAAUGUGGGUGAUCACCUUGCAGGAACAUAUAGUGGGGGCAUGAAACGGCGGCUCAGCGUAGCAAUUUCCCUUAUUGGAGAUACACAGGUUGUGCUUUUGGAUGAGCCAACCACAGGUCUGGACCCAGAUUCAAGGAAUUACUUGUGGCACGCCAUUAAAUUGGCAAAGAGAGAUCGGGCUAUUAUUCUUACCACACACUUAAUGGAUGAGGCAGAGUUUCUUUGCGACCGUCUAGCAAUCAUUGUGAAUGGCAGAUUGCGGUGUGUUGGAAGCUCAAGUGAGCUCAAAACAAGAUAUGAAGGAUCGUAUCAACUUACCAUAUCAGCAGAUCCUAUCAACAAGGACAUUAUUGAGGAUAUGGUGACUAGCCUCUGUUCAGAUGCCAUGAAGAUUUAUGAUGUCAUUGGGACCCAAAGAUUUCGGCUACCCAAGCAAGUGGUAAGAGUUCAAGAGAUCUUUAAGGCCAUAGAAGUUCUCAAGAGACGGGUAGCAAUUCAUGCUUUCGAGGUGACCGGUACCUCUAUGGAGGAUGUCUUCAGCAAUGUAGUUAAUCACGCACUGGAAAGCGAAAUAGAUUAGAUUUUGUCAGAAUUUUGUUGCUUUA